UACGCUACAUGAUUACACUAACAAAAUGUCUAUAGUAAUCAUUUAUGUAGAGUUAGAGAAAUUUCUUUAAGAAUCUAAAGAAGGACAUGAUUAUGUCGAUUCUUGGUAAGAAGAACUUUUUUGAAAGACUCUCCGGCAGUCAUUUGACGCGAGAGGCGCCGAGAAUAGAAGCUACCAAUAACGGAAUGCCGUCUAUUGUGAUCAGCAAUAAGGUCACUGCUCUUUCCCUGAUCCCUACUCUUCAAAAUGACACUCUGCAAAAGGCUUUGGAGGAAUUCCAAUGCUUGACUCUCAACGAAAUUAUGGACUGCAAUCAUCGAAAGAUCACACUGCCUACGUUUGCGAACGGAUUUAUGCGAAAGGCUGUACUAGAUAGCGAAAAUGGAGCAGCAGCUGCCGCGACUCCGGGUCAGUUACUUGCAGGAUGGCCAGACACGUGUCUGUUGAUUUCUAGCUGGUUGGGUCACGUGGAGAUUGCCAAGGCUUUACUAGACAAAGGCGCGCCAGUUUCUACGAGUGACUGCGAUGGAAGAACACCAUUGCAUCUGGCAGCUUGUGCCACGUCCGUAAAACUUGUGGAGCAGUUACUGAAACACGGUGCUGAUCCGUGCAAAUGGGAUCUCGGAAAGAAAUGCACCCCGUUACAUUGUGCUGCAGCGGCGAGUUGCGUCGCUACCGUCAAAUCUCUGAUCAAAUCGGGCGCAAAUGUAGACGCCGGAUUAUCCGGUAAAAGCCCGCUUCAUUAUGCCGUGUUAAACAACGCCGGAGAUUGUGUCGAGGCUCUACUGCAAGCAGGUGCUUGUCCCAAUAAUCCACAGGUUUACACAGAGACACCUCUGCACGUGGCGACUAGUUUAGGCAAUGUGCGUUGCACCAAAUUACUAUUGAAUCAUGGAGCGGAUGUGAGAGUGCAACUGGGAGUCGCGAGAUCGACACCUCUGCAUCUGGCAGCCGAAGAGGGAAGCGUGGAGUGUACUAAGCUGUUGCUAAAUGCUGGUGCGGCCUGGGAAGCGAAGAACUCACGUGGUCAGACGGCGAUGCAUCUUGCAGCGCUUGCACAAUCUAUAGAAACGUUAAAUGUAUUAAUAAAUGCUGGUGCAAAAGUCAACGAGGAGGACGACGAUGGGCGAACUCCUCUACAUGCUGCAGUUGCAAAAGCCUUGAGGAGCGGAGAACUGGUCAAGACUUUAAUACAGGCAGGCGCUUCGGUCAACAAGGCGGACAAAUUCGGCUAUACGCCAUUGCACAUCGCGGCCUUGAAUGAGAGCUCGCCCACGGUGAUGCUGCUACUAUCGAAGGGCGCCGAUAUGACGGCGCGCACCAAGGGUGGCGUUACAGCUCUUAGCUUUAUUAUACGUCGCACCCCAGAUGUAUUACCACUCUUUGUGGCACGCUUCGAUCAGGCGAUUUCGCUGCACGAUCAUGAACUGGGCGACGUAGACUGCGAGUUGCGACUGGACUUCCGGCCGUUGGUGCCAGGCGGUCGUGGUGAGACGGAUCUGAUGCUCUGCCUGGUAGAAGUUGGUCAGGGUCACGUGCUGAAGCAUCCGUUGUGUGAGAGUUUCCUUUACCUCAAGUGGCUGCGUAUCCGCAAGUUCUUCUUACUCAGCCUGAUGUUUCACUCGAUCUUCGUUGCCCUCUUCACUGGUUAUGUUGGAGCAACGUAUCUCUGGCACGUGAAACGGCUCAGUAAUGUCCUUUUCUGGCCAGUACUGGGCUUCACCUGUGUGCUUGCAGGCAAGGAAUUUUUUCAAGUUGCUCAUGGUAUCUAUUGCUACGCCAAACGUUGGGAGAAUUGGCUGCAGUGGAGCGUGAUCAUGGCAUCCGGCAUUAUCCUGAUUCCGUCAGCCUAUACUUGGCAGCAUCACGUUGCCGCUCUGGGUGUCCUGCUGGUUUGGAUCGAAUUAAUGAUAGUGGUCGGUCGCUUUCCUAUGUUCGGCAUCUAUGUACAGAUGUUCACUCAAGUGUCCAUCAACUUCUUCAAGUUUCUCGCAGCCUACAUUUGCCUCAUAGUCGGCUUCUCCCUUGGCUUUAGCGUGCUACACAAGAACUACAAGGCCUUCGCUGAUCCAUUGGUCAGUCUACUCAAGACAAUGAUCAUGAUGUCGGGCGAGCUCGAGUUCGAGGAUGUCUUCUUCGACGAAAAAGCGCCGCUCCAAUAUCCUGGUACAGCCCACUUGAUGCUUCUCAGCUUCGUUAUUCUAGUGACAGUGAUCCUGACGAAUCUGAUGGUCGGUCUAGCCGUAUCGGAUAUUCAAGAACUGCGCAGAUGCGCUGGUCUUGAUAGACUAGUGCGUCGUGCCGAGUUAGUGGCUCAUCUCGAGAAUAUGCUGUUCUCCAAACUUCUGGAUCGGGCUCCGGCAUGGAGCGUAAUACAGGCAUGCAGAAGAGGCGCUCUGCUAUUACAUCCACCGUAUCAUUGCGCCUUGCACAUUCGACCGAAUGAUCCACGUGAAAAACGUUUACCGCGAGAUCUCAUCCGAGCAAUAUAUCGCUUGGUUAGUGAGAGAAAAACGCGGCGGACAACAUACAGAGGCAGUGUGCCACCGUUACCACGAAAUGCGAAUACCACGGUGGAUUCGAGCCAUACAAGACUCAGUAGGAUGUACAGCAACGAGAGCAAUCAGCAACAGCUAAAUGAGCUGGCAGCCGAAUUGAAGAGAUGCUCGUACAACAUCAGCACUAGGCUGGACAGUUUGACCAAUAAAGUGGAAAGUAUUGUUAAGGACAUGGACAUGUCGCCUAACUAG